CAUCCAUUGUGCAUGUACAUAUGCAUAUGCAUCUUCCCCCUCCAACGUUGACAGGGGAGAGAUUGGAUUUACCCGUGUUCAGAUUGAUUGAGGAGUCACAGUGCUGGUCAACCUUGCGAUAACUGUCAGUCUUUUGCACCAACUUUUGAAUUUUUCUUUGCUUUCUCGGAACUGUACUUUUCGGUGGCACUGGCAGCUACCGAAGUUCGCGAAGGUUGGUAGAUGUACUACGUUUUAGGAAAACCCUCGUAGCUUUUGUUUAAAUGAAGAUUUUGCCAAUGCGAGAGCGAGUAACUUCACUAACUUACGGUAAAAUGAAGCGACCUCGAGGUGGAUGCUUAGCUUUCGCGCCGAUGACUAUUUGUUUCGCAUGGUGCCCAUCAUCCGUCAACGCCUAUCCAAUUCGAAUCGUCUCACAAUUAGGGCUCUCCAAGUCUACAGCAUCGUCCCCUUCCCAUCGGAAUCGGGGAAACCGAGUCCCCCGAUGGACUGUCGAGGACCGUAAGUGCACUAUUCACCGGAAGGAAGGACUGGAAACGUGCGAAAUCUUCGUCGUCAGCGUUAAGGAUGGCAUUAAUGCCUUUACCAACGGACGAAGUUCAGCGUCUGAUAGCUGUCGGCGCCCCAACCGCGAUCCAAUACUCAACCUAUUGGGGUCGGACAGCCCAAGAACAAUACGGCCGUGUGUUAGAAUCCGCGAUAGUCAGCUUUCUUGGUGUUAGCUUCUCAUACUUUAUGAGCUUUGUUGUGGGUGGCUUCGUUGCAACUAUCUUUGGCAGUUUGUUUCUUUUCUGGGGGAUUCUGUCUCCUGAACUCAAAGCCUAUCAGCGCAACUGGGAAUUUCUUGGUGGACGCGAGCUGGUAGAUCCUUGGGGUGUCCGAGAGUCUGGUCGCGAUCCAGAAGAUGCCGGUUUGUACGGAGCUCUCUUUCUGGGGUACAUUGCGGAUGUUUGUGUCGUUGAAGACGCCACUACCUACUCAUACGAGUACGACUUGGCCGAAUUCGCGGAUUAUAAUAUGAACGAUGACGAGCUAGAGAAGUAUACCGGUCGACCGUAUCUACUCCGAUUAUUGGUGGCAGACAAAAGUGUCAACGGGCAAGACCGAGAUGAUAUUGGAGGGGGGCGGGAGCUUCAAGUGCACGCUCGAUUGUCGGACGAAUACUUGGACGUUCGACGAGGAAUGCCUGUGUCAGGCAUUCUUUUAAGCACGUCCCCCCGCUUUGAUCGGUUGGCGGCCAUUACUGAUCUGUUUGUCCCAGAUGCUGGAUGCUGGAUUGGAGACUACCCAUACCUGAAUCGAGCGGAAGUUGAAGACUUGCUAGCUAGAGAUGACGAAAUUUGGGAUCUUUUGCAACUUGAAUCCAAUCUGGAAAUAGAUUCCUAUGACAAUCAAGGAACAAGCAGAACCGAAACGGGCAUAGCGACAGAGAAUGCUGGGCGAGAUUCGGGCUAUAAUGCUGGUAUAAAAAAGCGUUUCGAUGUGGAUGAUACGUUUGAAUCCUUCAAUGCAGGUUCGUCGUGGAAGAACACGGAAGAUGGUUCAAGCACUUGGACGAGUCGGUAG